AGCGAGGCUGGAGGCCUUGUCUCUCUCUGUCUCUCACGCCGCUCAACUCCCUCACUCGCGACCGUGAGGAGAAGUCCCUCUGCUUUGUGGUCAUUUGUAAGCCUCGCGGUUCCCCAUUCAUUCAGUGUCGUUAGACCGCGUUUAGUAAUUACCUUCAGCUCAUUGGCAGCACAACUGCUGGAAUGGGAGGCCUCGCUUCUCACGCCGUUGUCGGUCGCGGUCGGUGAUGAGAGUGGUCGUGGUCGUCGUGUGAUUUGACCAUACUUCACCAUUAACUGAUUGAGAAUCCAAGAUCAAAUUAUUUUUUAAUCGCCAUUAGAAGAUAUGCCAACAAUUAAAUUAUGACAGAGACCAGCAGACAACGUGGCCUCGUUCGAGAUAAUCAGAACAAGGCUUGCUGGAAAAGCUUCAGUUACAGACAGAUGCAUGGAGGUGAAUACAAAGAAGACCUGCUCAGUAGUAAGGAUGUCCGCCACCAGCCUGCCAAACCUCCGGGCAAGAAGAUUGUGCUGACGAGCUGGAUUGUUCAGCCGCUGGAUGAUUUCUCUGCAGUUUGCCUUGUAGGCCGUCGGCUCUCUGCCUCGCAGAAUGAGGAGUAUUGGCACAGUAGUGCCAUAGUGAAACGGAUAUCGGCCCAACGAUUUGAGACUGCUUCAGGUUCCAUUUACGUACUUGAAGGCUGCAUCAAUGCCCAAGAUGCACGAAUGGAAGCUGGCUUUUCCUGGAAUAUGAUAAAAACAUUUAAACAUGGAUUUCCUGAAGACUGGAAACAAUUCAUUGAUAAAUACCUCGCUGUUCAGAAAGAGAGGUGGAAUAACAGCACCGGUGAAUCCACAUUGCUCCAUGAUGAGCAGAUGGAUUACCUCACAUCUUCUGCAAUGAAUGAGCUACCCUCUCAAGUGGCAGAGAGGACGAGUGACACCGUGAUGAAAGGAAUUGAACGUGACAUACGUCUCGUCACUCCGUGUACCAUUCACCUCCAUACUCUCCAGCCCAAGCAACUUGGUGAACGACAAGACAGGCGAAGCAACACGGAAAAUAAUUCCUCUACCCGAACAAAACGCAAGAAAGACCCGUUGGAGAAGCCUCUCUGCUCCCAAGAACCGAGUGCUAAGUCUGUACUGGAGUCCCACAAGUGCAGCAUCAAUGACAAGAAACUGAAACAUUCUUUUGUCGUGCUUGAUAACAUUUGUGUUAAAUCUCUGACCAUGGAUCCUUUGCAAGAGUCCCCCCCGUGCCUCAAUAUGAGCCGAGGAUCUCAGGAAGAUAAACUAAGUGCUCUUAUGGGUGUGCAAACAAGAGGAGACACCGAGGAGAACCCAGUGAAACCUGGCAAAUUUGCCAAUAAGGAAAAGACGUUGACUUCUGAGAGCUCUGUUAGCAAACAAAGAAAAAACUUGAAACAAAAACGUGGAAAAGGAAAUUAUCAUGCCACAUCCAUCAUGAGAAGACAUGCAAGCAUGGAAAGUUUCAACAAAGAGAAUGCAGACAAGGUUUGGCUAGAAAGAAAAGGAUUGAAGAAGGCAAAGUUACUAAAAAAGCACGUGUCCUCCAGUGCAAGUGACAUAAGCGAACCAGUCACCCAUUCAAAGGACGACCAUGCACACAGAAGCUAUAGGGAUAAACCUGCCUCCAAGACCCACAAGUUUAAGACACAGAAGAAAGGCUUUAAUGAGACUAAAUCCAAAACCCGAGGUAUUUCCAGGAAAAUAAAGUCAUCAUCUAACCACCGCAAGAGAGAAUCCACUGUUGAAUGGAGCAAAGAGGAGUUGGCAAGGUUGUACAGCGUUGUGGACAGUUUCCCAAAGAAAAAGUCGAUCUUGUGGAAUCAAGUGUCCGAUGCGGUGGGCUGCCGUACAGCAGAUGACUGCAAGAAACGUUACAAAAUGGGUUCCAAGCUCCUACCGAUUUCCCGAUUUACAUCAGAGCCAACCAAGGUUUCUGGCAAACCUCAAGAAAAAGCAAAGGAAACUGUGAGGAUCACGGCCAAGGCGGGAACCCUUAAACGCAAGCGACAAGUGCAUGAAUAUCUCGACCAUCUGACCAAGGAUGACUACAGCGACCCCUUCGCUUUGGGCUCUUCACCCGUCUAUGUUGGCAAGAAGAUUGUGAUACCGUCUAUGAGGGCGAUGAAAACAGAUGAUCUCGGUCAUCUGCAAACUCCAGGGGCAGCAACGCCUAAGUCUCCAUUAUCAAUGUCCUUUGGUGUCCUGGCUAGCAACCACAUUAGUCCUGGAAUGCUGGAGCCUGUGCACAGGGAAGAUGCAGACCGAUACAUCUUCCAGAUGCAACGCAGCAAGGCCGGAUGCAAUUGGGGUAAUCUUAACCUACAAAAGAAGUUGUGCAAGGAUGAUUCCCACAAGAGAGUCACCACCCCAAUAAACCAUUUCAUAACUGAGAGAGCAGCAGCUCCAACGCUGGCUAGCAAUGGUAUUUUAAUUGAAGAUAAUAUCUUGCAAAAUAGCCUGGACAAGGACAGUGAUGAAGAGGAAGAUUAUUACUUUUCUGAUUGAGUUCCAAAAUGUUUGGAGCACAUUCAAACACAUUUCAGCUGAAUGUUUUCUCACGUGGAGUGCCUUAGUAUCAUAUCAGAUUGGCUGUACAUGAAAACACUUUGCAUACUUCGUUAGGUAACCAGGGUCUAAUGAAUAUCAUAAUAAAAAAAUGUAUUCACAGUUAUCAUUGACAGUAGUUCGUCUUUAAGAGAAAGUAACAAUUGCAAAAAGUGAAUGGAAACAAUGCUUCAGACUUACGAACCGACGUGCGAUAUAUGGAGCUGUAAUAUGUAGGUGCAUUUUCAGCCACUGAAUUUUCCAGUUUACUGUUGACAUGUUAAGAUACAACAAUGUUAAUAUUAAGUUUACUCUUAAUGCUUUAUGUACUUGAAUGAUUAUCCAAUGUUGGUAAAAUAAAAAUAUUGAGACACGUGCAGAGCUAUAGCACAUUUCCACACAUUACGUUUUACAGUCACAUUUUCAGUUAGGAAUUAAGCAUAUAUUUCCCAAUGUUAGGCCAUAUGAUGGCCUGCAGGUACUUUUGUGCUUCAUGUUGCUCAGCUGGCAGGGAUUCAAAAUCAAAAUCUUUAUUUUAGACUGGAGGAAUCCGAUGUGCUAUGAAGCUCUUUUUCACAGAUGUCCAGUAUGCUUCAUGUUGAAGGAAAACUGAUUUUAAAAAUUGCCGUGUCAAGUAAAGGUAACCAUAUUAAGUAAAGGGGCUUUAGGAAUCCAAUAUUCAAAUAGUUUUCACAAUGGAUAUUUGAGAGGACCAACACAGGUAAACAUACAAAUGCAUAAGCAUAUCAGGCGCCUUGUACAUUAAAAUAGCAGUGUGGAUUUCUCUUUGAAAGUUUUAUUCUGCUUAAUACAUCUGUAUCCAUCUCGAUUUUUUCAUGUCAGCACUUGCUUCUUGAGUGCUGGAAAUUAUGUAAUAGUUGUCGACAGUCUUACUCACUAAUAAUCUGUACAAGUUGAUUACAAUACGAGUGGAAUUGUCAUACGGUUGAUUGAAUGCUAUGCUUUUGCCAUUAAUCUUGCAAAGCUCACGUGUCUGUUAUGUACGAGUAUAAUAUUCACGUAAAUCAGGUGAAUCCACAUGUGCAGUGUCACUGUUCCUUCGGAUCCAAUGUCGAAAAGUAUGCUCAAAUAACCCGCAUGGUGUGCCCUCCACGAGGGGCUUGUAUGCAUGUUUAACUUAGUUCGCACCGUACGUAGCCAACCGUGCAAAUCGGAGGGUGCGGGGACAAGAGGGCUCGACAUGGACAUAUUGUAAAGGUUGAACAUGAAGUAAACUACAGUACAUGGUUUUUAUGAUGCCCGUAUCCCCUUCAAGUAAAGUUUGAAGGAAUGUUUGAAAGAGAAUACAAAUUUUAAUAACUAAUUAUUACUACAUUGCCUAUGUUGACUUCAAACAAAUAAACCUUUUUUUAAAGUCCCA